UCUCUCUCUCUCUCUCUCUGGGAUAAUCCCUGGUACUCACCUGAGAGUCACGUCUGACUUUUUCCCCAAAUCCCAUUUCUAGUCAACACGGACUCUCUCUCUCUCUCUCUAUCUCCUUCCAAGAAAAACCCUACCCCUCCAAUUACACACACGCUUAUACUAUACAUUGUUGGAACACAUAUUUUGUAUCGGAUUCGAAUAACCCAUUAUUUUCGCGUGGACCGUAUUUAUUGAAUGGCGUCGGAGAUCGAGGUCGUGGAGGAGGUAGAAUCGAGGGAUCGGGCGACGGCGCCGGCGCCGGCUUCGACGGGCGGGGGAGAGGCGGCGAUCGGGGGAGAAGGGGACGACAGCCUGAGGAACGACGUGUACACGGCGGCGGCGUACGGGGAUUUGGAGAAGCUUCAGAGAUUGGUGGAGUGCGAGGGCUGCUCCGUGUCCGAGCCCGAUGGGCUGGGCUACUACGCCUUGCAAUGGGCCGCUCUCAACAAUCGCACUGCUGCUGCUCAGUACAUAAUCGAGCAUGGUGGAGAUGUGAAUGCUGCGGAUCACACAGGGCAAACGGCAAUACACUGGUGUGCAGUGAGGGGUGCAAUCAAGGUCGCAGAAAUUUUACUGCAAGAGGGUGCUCGGGUGAAUGCUGCCGAUAUGUAUGGGUAUCAGACAACACAUGUGGCAGCACAAUAUGGUCAGACAGCCUUCCUUUAUCACGUCGUCACAAAAUGGAAUGCUGAUCCUGAUGUGCCCGAUAACGAUGGGAGAAGCCCUUUGCACUGGGCUGCAUAUAAGGGUUUUGCCGAUUGCAUACGUCUUCUUUUAUUUCUGGAUGCAUAUAGAGGACGCCAGGACAAAGAGGGUUGUACCCCUCUCCAUUGGGCUGCUAUUAGGGGCAACUUAGAAGCAUGCACAGUGUUGGUGCAGGCUGGGAAAAAGGAGGACUUGAUGGUGACUGAUAACACCGGUCUUACGCCGGCGCAGCUUGCUUCAGAUAAAAAUCACAGACAAGUUGCUUUUUUCCUUGGAAAUGCUAGGAGAUUACUUGACAAACGCUGUGAUGGCAAUAGUCGCCUUGGUCGUCUUUCAAAAUUAGGAUUGGCACCACUUCUUUGGUGUAUAAUCUUUGUGUUACUUGUGGUUUACAUUAAUGCAGUCAUCAUGGCAUCAAAUUUACCAAGAUUAACUGCUGGUUUUGCUUUUCUUGCAUGGUUGGGUGUUUUACUAGCAACUGCUGGACUGGUUAUGUUUUACAGAUGUAGCAGCAAAGAUCCGGGUUUCAUCAGAAUGAAUGUCCCUGAUAUGCGAAACAUGAAAGAUGAUGAACCAUUAUUGAAGAUUGAGAUGGAUAAUCCUGCUUUGCUGGCUGGGAAUUGGUCUCAGCUCUGUGCAACAUGCAAGAUUGUCAGGCCUCUUCGUGCAAAGCACUGCUCCACCUGUGAUCGUUGUGUGGAACAAUUUGACCAUCAUUGCCCUUGGGUGUCUAAUUGCGUUGGAAAGAAAAACAAAUGGGAUUUCUUUUUGUUUCUCAUUCUAGAAGUUUCUGCAAUGCUGAUUACUGGUGCAGUCACGCUUACAAGAGUUUUGACUGAUCCAUUGGCUCCAUCUUCCUUUGGAAAAUGGUUGAACCAUGCUGGUAAUCAGCAUGUUGGUGCCAUUUCAUUUCUGAUUGUGGAUUUUUUCCUCUUCUCUGGCGUGGCAGCCUUGACUUGCAUGCAAGCGUCCCAGAUAUCACGCAAUAUUACAACCAAUGAGAUGACAAAUGUAAUGCGCUAUAGCUACCUUAAAGGACCAGGUGGUCGGUUCAGGAAUCCUUACGAUCACGGGUGCAAGAAGAACUGCUCAGAUUUCUUGAUCAACGGUUACAAUGAAGACACAGAAUGCAGUGAAGAGUCGGUUCAAUCGGAGGGGAUAGGAAUGGUACAUAUGACUAGAAACUCAACCCCUCAAAAUGGGUUUGGUCAUUCUCAUCAUCAAACCAACGGAAAUAACAGCCAUGUUAUAAACGUGAACAAUAACAAAAAAACACAUCAAGUUCACGUUCAUUCUUCGCAAUGUAGUCAUGGAAAAUCUGAAGCGGUUCCUUUAGGAUUGGGGCUUGGAUUGGCACGAAAUACCACCCGUUCUGUUGCAGCUUCGUGAUGAAACAUUAAGAACUGCAGUAGUUGAGAUAUUGCAUCGUUUUGUAACUGUUCAGUAUCAUACACACUUGGUUUAGCUUCUGUAAUUCAAUUUAUUAUUGUUAGUUUUCUCUUUGUGAUUCUGUAACCAAGCCCGUUUGUCUAAUAUAUACAUUGAAUGAGAAGGAAGUUCAUGAUUUUUGUAAA